UAUGUCCUGACAGCCUGGUCGACUCGCCUACACUAACAGUUGUGUUACACUCCCCCAUAUGGCAUAGACAAGACGCAGCGCGCCUCAGAGAAAGAAACUGACGUGUUUUGCGCAUUUCCUGCACCAGUGUUUAGACGGUCGGAGGAGAAAGGGAGGUGUGCAGGAAACCAAGAAUAGCAACGGCGAGAAAACAGCCUGGGAGUUUAAGGAGCAAACUGAAACCAAGUACAGCAACGGCAGGAAAACUGUCUGGGAGUAUAAGGAGCGAACAGAAACCAAGAAAACCACAACAGAGUCGACCUGCAACUAUACACUGCUUGAGCAAUUCACAAAUCGGGUAGCCGGUUUGGGAAACAUCCCAAAUGCUCGGCGAGGAGGCAGCAGUCUCUUCCAACGGUGGAAUACGAGUGUUUCCAAAGCCUAGUGGAGUUGCGGAGGAUAGUUUUGAUAGAUUUUGCUCUGUCGUGUUGCGGUUUGGGUAGUCUGUUGACAUUCCAACUGCUGCAUAGUCCUAUUUUUCCUUCAUAUAAGCUUAACACGUGUAUUUAUUCUAUUCAAAAGAAAGGCUUUGUCUGGUUGAACGCCAAAUGUGGAUUAUCAUUGGGAAAACCAAGACUGUUAGAAAGCAAAAACGAGACAAUUUACUCUCAUUAGACUGUUUCGGGAGGACUGAUUUGCAUCCGAUUGGUAGUCUGUGUGUACUAGCGUGAGACGGGACAGCAUUUCCCAGUUACAUUUAAGUCUCAACCCAUUCAAACCGUGGUCUUCAUUUGAGGAUUCAAACAAUACAUACAACUAGGACAAAUGAUUUAUGACCAGUUAAAGAGUUAAAGUGUUUGGGUUAAGAGAAUUUAUUGUAAACAACCACUCAUCUUCCAAGUCCUAUUGAGGAGGAUUACAUCACCAUGGCGGUGGUUUUCAAUGGGUUAUUGAAGAUCAGGAUUUGUGAGGCGUUGGACUUGAAACCGACAGCUUGGUCUCUCAGACAUGCGGUUGGCCCAAAGACCCAGACUUUUCUCUUAGACACAUACAUUGCACUAAACGUGGAUGACUCGCGUGUGGGCCAAACUUCCACCAAACAGAAAACCAACAGCCCUGCGUGGAACGACGAGUUCGUUACGGAGGUUCAUAACGGAAGGAAAAUCGAACUGUCUGUGUUUCACGAUGCGCCAAUUGGAUAUGACGAUUUCGUGGCCAACUGCAUCAUACAGUUCGAAGAUAUAUUGCAGAAUGGCAGUAAGCACUACGAGGAAUGGAUUGACUUGGAGCCUGAGGGGAAGGUGUACGUCAUCAUGGACCUGUCUGGAUCCUCUAGUGAAACUCCAGGCUCCGGUGAGAAUGCUGAAGAGCGUGUGUUUCGGGAGCGCAUGCGGCCUAGGAAGAGGCAGGGUGCCGUACGAAGGAGGGUCCAUCAGGUCAACGGACACAAGUUCAUGGCCACCUACCUGCGGCAGCCUACCUACUGCUCCCACUGCAGAGACUUUAUAUGGGGUGUGAUUGGGAAACAGGGUUACCAGUGUCAAGUGUGCACAUGUGUAGUCCAUGUCGAGCUCAUCAUCACAAAAUGUGCUGGGAUGAAGAAAGACAAAGAGGACACCACACCAGAGGAGGUUGGAUCCCAGCGGUUCAGUGUUAAUAUGCCUCAUAAAUUUGGUAUUCACAACUUCAAAGUCCUAACCUUCUGUGACCACUGUGGAUCGCUACUGUGGGGCCUGCUCAGACAAGGGCUGCAAUGCAAAGCUUGUCUUUCUCUUCGUCUCUCCCUCUUUCUCCAGGACCGUCUGUUCUUUGUGAUGGAGUAUGUAAAUGGAGGAGACCUGAUGUUUCAGAUCCAGCGCUCCAGGAAGUUUGACGAGACGCGCUCUCGCUUCUAUGCUGCCGAGGUCACCUCUGCCCUCAUGUUUCUUCACCAACAUGGAGUAAUCUACAGAGAUCUGAAACUGGAUAACAUUCUGCUGGAUGCACAAGGCCACUGUAAACUGGCUGACUUUGGCAUGUGUAAGGAGGGGAUCCUCAAUGGAGUCACCACCACCACCUUCUGUGGGACCCCAGACUACAUCGCUCCGGAGAUCCUACAGGAGCUAGAAUAUGGCCCCUCUGUGGACUGGUGGGCUCUGGGGGUGCUUAUGUACGAGAUGAUGGCUGGUCAGCCCCCCUUUGAGGCCGACAAUGAGGAUGACCUGUUUGAGUCCAUUCUCCACGAUGAUGUCCUCUACCCAGUGUGGCUAAGCAAGGAGGCAGUCUCCAUCCUCAAAGCGUUCAUGACGAAGAGUCCAAACAAGCGUCUGGGCUGUGUGAUCACCCAGGGCUUGGAGGAGGCCAUCAAGGUUCAUCCCUUCUUCAAGGAGAUGGACUGGGUUCUGCUGGAGCAGAAGAGGGUCAAACCACCCUUCAAACCUCGCAUUAAAACCAAAAGGGACGUGAACAACUUUGACCAGGACUUCACUCGCGAGGAACCUGUCCUCACCCCAGUAGAAGACGCCAUUAUUAAGCAGAUCAACCAAGACGAGUUCAAGGGUUUCUCCUACUUUGGAGGGGAGGAGAAUCUGUCCUAAGGCCUGCACACACACCAACACACACACACACACCAACACACAAACAAACACGUAUAGACACACAUACAUGCAGGAACACUGACACACGAAUUUAAGAACACACAUACAAACAUACAUACAUACAUGCAAACCCAUGUAUUUUCUCCCAUGCAGACAUACAGAAUUAUAAAAUACACACAGAGUAAAUUAUUACUUUCACACACUCAUAUAAAACUCCGGCCAUUAGGGCGUCAGAUUAGUACCAACUUCAAAACCUAAACCAGACCAUCUACAGCGCUCUACCAGUAUCUGUCUGUAUGUCUGUCUGUCCAUCAGUGCAUGUUUUCUAAGUUACAAACCAAUGUAAUUCAAGAGUAGGUCAGAUAGGAAGCCCAUCUGCUUUAUUAUCAAGGUCCUAUUGGCUCGUCCAGAUCUGAGUGGUGGAUCAAACCACACUCCUUGUGGUGGAGGGUGGCCCUAGGAUUGGCCCCCUGACACUGAAUAUAGCCUGGCCUUGCCCCACUGGCCCGGGCUGAUAACAGUGAUGAAAGCUCCUCACAAUCCAGCCCCAGAUUGUCACAAGGCCCUUUCCAGUGGACUAUGAAAUGUACAGGGAAUGUUUGUGUGACGGUGUCAACUUUUUGUGUAUAUAAGGAUUUAUAGGUCAGGGGUUAUGUGUGCUUUGGGCAGGGGUCUUGUUCGACAUGGUCUCCUUACAAUAGAUCAGACUUUCAACUGUUUCGUCAACCAUCCUAGUUCCUCAGUGAGUAUAUGAUACUGAAAUAAUUAUAUUAUUAUAUGAAUCUGUAAUUUCUUAAGCUGUCCUGUAAAUUUCUCAUUGUACUAGAAUGUCCUCCUCCUCUGCCAUGUUUAAACUGGAUGUACUAGAAUGUCCUCCUCCUCUGCCAUGUUUAAACUGGAAGUACUAGAAUGUCCUCCUCCUCUGCCAUGUUUAAACUGGAUGUACUAGAAUGUCCUCCUCCUCUGCCAUGUUUAAACUGGAAGUACUAGAAUGUCCUCCUCCUCUGCCAUGUUUAAACUGGAUGUACUAGAAUGUCCUCCUUCUCUGCCAUGUUUAAACUGGAAGUACUAGAAUGUCCUCCUCCUCUGCCAUGUUUAAACUGGAUGUACUAGAAUGUCCUCCUCCUCUGCCAUGUUUAAACUGGAAGUACUAGAAUGUCCUCCUCCUCUGCCAUGUUUAAACUGGAUGUACUAGAAUGUCCUCCUCCUCUGCCAUGUUUAAACUGGAUGUACUAGAAUGUCCUCCUUCUCUGCCAUGUUUAAACUGGAUGUACUAGAAUGUCCUCCUUCUCUGCCAUGUUUAAACUGGAUGUACUAGAAUGUCCUCCUCCUCUGCCAUGUUUAAACUGGAAGUACUAGAAUGUCCUCCUCCUCUGCCAUGUUUAAACUGGAUGUACUAGAAUGUCCUCCUCUGCCAUGUUUAAAUGCACAAAAAAAAACGAAUCCAUAGAACCAAUGAUUGUAUUUAAAAAAGCUAAAAAACCAAUUGGUUCUCAGUGUCAAUAAAAAGAGAAGCCUGUUUCAAAGUUUCCUCAAGAUCAAAACGACGGCAGAAUUAGAACAAGUCCAUGUACAGUACAUCAAAUGCCCAUUGUGUGUAGCUGCAGAUCAGUUACAUAUUGUAGAUAUGCCCACAGUGUUAUGGUAGUCUAGCUUCAUGUAUUCCAAAUGAAUGUCAUGGGUUUCAAUGUGGACGAAUGUGCUUGUAUGCAUGAGUGAUGGUGGGGAUGCAACUGAAUGUAUCGUGUGUGUGUGUGUGUGUGUGUGUGUGUGUGUGUGUGCUUGUGCGACAUAGGCAGUGGGUUCAUGAGAAGGGCCCUCUUGAAGCUUUAACAUUUCAUUGUGUGUUUUAUUUCAUUGUGUGUUUUAUUUCAUUAUGUGUUUUAUUUUAUUGUGUGUUUUAUUUCAUUGUGUUUUAUUUCAUUGUGUGUUUUAUUUCAUUGUGUGUUUUAUUUCAUUGUGUGUUUUAUUUCAUUGUGUGUUUUAUUUCAUUGUGUUUUAUUUCAUUGUGUGUUUUAUUUCAUUGUGUGUUUUAUUUCAUUGUGUGUUUUAUUUCAUUGUGUGUUUUAUUUCAUUGUGUGUUUUAUUUCAUUGUGUCUGUUUUAUUUCAUUGUGUUUUAUUUCAUUGUGUGUUUUAUUUAAUUGUGUCUGUUUUAUUUCUUUGUGUGUUUUAUUUUAUUGUGUGUUUUAUUUGUCGUGAUUUUACUGGAUUGUCUUGUUGCUCAGUGUCUGAAAUCCUGGAUUUCCCUGCUAUGCAACAAGACUCACAAUCAUGUGGGGGAAGGCAUCACCAGAUAGCUGUGUCUUUCCCUCUGUACAGACCACCUUGUAUAUAGAAGCCUGUGGACUUCUUGGAGAAAUAGAGGUAUCAUCUAUUGCAUGGUUAUGCAUAUGAUGUUAUUGUGUAUUAGUAGAAUAUGAAAAAGUGACAAUGUCCAUGUGCAAUAUUCUAUGUCUGUCUGUCUGUUUUUGGUUUCCUUUGCUCUCUUGCCAGGUGUCUUCGCUGUUCAUCCUCCCACUGACUCUAGCUGUUGUUCUGUAUGGUUUUGCAUGGCUGUUUUCAUUUGCCUGUCGUUAACCCCAUUGAUAGCCAUGUCUAUGUGCUUCCUUCAGAGUGUUCCAUCAAACCACCUCACCACCCCUCUCCUUGCCCUCUCUCAACUCUUUUGAAGAAAGGUCGACAUUUCCUAUAGCAUAUCUCUUUAAAAAGGUCAACAUUUCCUAUAGCAUAUCUCUUUAAAAAAUGUCAACAUUUCCUGUAGCAUAUCUCUUUAAAAAGUCAACAUUUCCUGUAGCAUAUCUCUUUAAAAGGUCAACAUUUCCUGUAGCAUAUCUCUUUAAAAAGGUCAACAUUUCCUAUAGCAUAUCUCUUUAAAAAAGGUCAACAUUUCCUGUAGCAUAUCUCUUUAAAAAGUCAACAUUUCCUGUAGCAUAUCUCUUUAAAACAGGUCAACAUUUCCUACAGCAUCUCUUUUUAAAUAAGGUCAACAUUUCCUGUAGCAUAUCUCUUUGAAAAAAGGUCAACAUUUCCUAUAGCAUAUCUCUUUAAAAAAGGUCAACAUUUCCUGUAGCAUAUCUCUUUAAAAAGUCAAAAUUUCCUAUAGCAUAUCUCUUUAAAAAGUCAACAUUUCCUAUAGCAUAUCUCUUUAAAAAAGGUCAACAUUUCCUGUAGCAUAUCUCUUUAAAAAGUCUACAUUUCCUGUAGCGUAUCUCUUUAAAACAGGUCAACAUUUCCUGUAGCAUAUCUCUUUAAAAAAGGUCAACAUUUCCUGUAGCAUAUCUCUUUAAAAAGUCAACAUUUCCUGUAGCAUAUCUCUUUAAAACAGGUCAACAUUUCCUACAGCAUCUCUUUUUAAAUAAGGUCAACAUUUCCUGUAGCAUAUCUCUUUGAAAAAAGGUCAACAUUUCCUAUAGCAUAUCUCUUUAAAAAAGGUCAACAUUUCCUGUAGCAUAUCUCUUUAAAAAGUCAACAUUUCCUAUAGCAUAUCUCUUUAAAAAGUCAACAUUUCCUACAGCAUAUCUCUUUAAAAAGUCAACAUUUCCUAUAGCAUAUCUCUUUAGAACAUUAAUAUUACCAAAGGUAGUAAAUCUAUUGGAUUCAUGAAGCUUAUAGAAACCAUCGACCUUCUAAUGCAUUCAAGCCAAAUAACUCUCUGGCCAAGAUACUGUAUGUGAUAUUGUAAGCCUACACCAAAUCAAGGUAAAGUCAAAUCUACUGUCAUAUUCUGUCAGUAGAACACAAAAAGAACAAUGUUGGUUUGUUAUGAUAUUGCAAGUUGUACAUUCCAUUUUAGAGUAGAAACAUGAAAGUAAAUAACAGUAGGACUAUUUGCAAUUGAAGAGGUAGUGUAGUAGUGAUAGUAUGACUACUGUAGAAGUAGCAGUAGCAGUUGUUAUUGUAGUAGUAGUAGUAGUAGUUAUUGUAGUAUUAUUAGUAGCAUGUAUAACAGUGCUAGUGCUACUAGUAGUAGCAAUUAUGCUAUGGGGAGCAGGAGUAACUGUAGCAACAGUGGUUGUAGCAGCGUUAAUAGGUGACGGUAUCAUGGAAUCAACUGUCAAAAAAUACUGAUGCCCCUGCCCCACACACACCACUGCAUGAAGGCCGCUCAUACACCCAAAGCAAUACUGAUGCCCCUGACCCACACACACCACUGCAUGAAGGCCUCUCAUACACCCAAAGCAAUACUGAUGCCCCUGACCCACACACACCACUGCAUGAAGGCCGCUCAUACACCCAAAGCAAUACUGAUGCCCCUGCCCCACACACACCACUGCAUGAAGGCCUCUCAUACACCCAAAGCAAUACUGAUGCCCCUGACCCACACACACCACUGCAUGAAGGCCGCUCAUACACCCAAAGCAAUACUGAUGCCCCUGACCCACACACACCACUGCAUGAAGGCCGCUCAUACACCCAAAGCAAUACUGAUGCCCCUGACCCACACACACAACUGCAUGAAGGCUGCUCAUACACCCAAAGCAAUACUGAUGCCCCUGACCCACACACACCACUGCAUGAAGGCCGCUCAUACACCCAAAGCAAUACUGAUGCCCCUGACUCACACACACCACUGCAUGAAGGCCGCUCAUACACCCAAAGCAAUACUGAUGCCCCUGACUCACACACACCACUGCAUGAAGGCCGCUCAUACACCCAAAGCAAUACUGAUGCCCCUGACCCACACACACCACUGCAUGAAGGCCGCUCAUACACCCAAAGCAAUACUGAUGCCCCUGACCCACACACACCACUGCAUGAAGGCCGCUCAUACACCCAAAGCAAUACUGAUGCCCCUGACCCACACACACCACUGCAUGAAGGCCGCUCAUACACCCAAAGCAAUACUGAUGCCCCUGACUCACACACACCACUGCAUGAAGGCCGCUCAUACACCCAAAGCAAUACUGAUGCCCCUGACCCACACACACCACUGCAUGAAGGCCGCUCAUACA